CCAACUUUUUUUUAAAAACUACCCGGUUUUAUUAUUUAAUAUGUGAAUAUGUUUUUAAGUUAAAAAACAAACAUAAUUAUGUUAAAAAUCAAAGCUCUAAACAGAGAAGCAUCUUCUGAUGAAGAAGUUCCUGUCAUUAGAAAGGAAGCUCAGGAAGAGAUAGCUCUUGAAUUAUACAAUAAGUCCCUGAGACUUCGAAAAGCUGGAGAUCUUCAAGAGUCAGAAUCAAUUUUAAUAAAACUUAUAGAAGAAAAUAUACCACUACUUGAAAAUAAUGGAGGUCUUCCAAAAUCUAUGUCGACCCUUAAAUAUUCCUGUUACUUGAAUUUAGGAGACAUAUAUUUAAAUAAGGAAAAUAUUGCUAAAGCUUUAGAGCAGUAUUUGACAGCUUCAGAAUUGGAUGGUGAUGAUGUGACACUGUGGUAUAAUAUAGGUAACUUAUCAUUAAAAGAAGGAAAAUUUAGACAAUCUGCUUAUGCAUUUUCUAGAGGACUCGAAUGUAGUGAAUAUCAUUGGCCAUGCUUAGACAAUUUGAUUUCAGUUUUGUUUGCUAUUAGAGAUACAAUUUCUUGUCUUUGUUACAUUGGUAAAGCUCUUAUUAGAGAUCCAGAUUAUACUAAAGGUUUGGUUAUACGUGCCCAAAUUUAUAGAGACAAUCCAGGCACAAAGGAUUAUUACAAGUUGUAUAACCCAGAACAUGUUUGGGAACCUUCACUUGAUAUCAAAAUUGCUGAAGAAGAUGAAGUUUAUUAUUUGAAAGAAGCUGAUGAGUUAAGGCAAAGAGUCCUUGAGGUUGAAAAAUCGCUUUCACCAAAAUAUCUACAAGAAAUCCCACUACCUAAACCUCUGGAGGAAUACACUUGGGUUUCACUUGCUAAAACAGUGGUUCAUCUACAUCAAUAUUUAACUGACAAUGAUAUGAGUCACUUUACAUUGAUUGAUAUGAGUAAGUGUAUGAGUCUGACUGAAGCUCCCCCCAAACAACCUCUUUUGAUUGGGGAACUGCUUGAACAAGCUCAAAAAUCACCUGAAAAAGUUAAUGAAUCACCUAAAGAACAACCCCCAGCAAGUUCUGAUGAAAAAAUGGAGGCAGAAUCUAUAAUAGAAAGACGAUUUUCGCAAACCAGUGAAACCACAACAAAUAAUGAUGGACAGGAAAACACUCCAGUUCAAACAGACAAUGAUGAGGAACAGCCAAUGGAACAAGAUACAGAAGAUCAGGAUGAAAAUGAUACAUCUAAGUCUGAAAAAACUAAGCCAAGCAGAGGUUCCAAGAGGAAACGUGAUUUAUUGCUGGACUUGAAAGUUUGGGGAUGGCACAGUAAAAGAAAAUACCAGAAAAAAGGCAAUAAGGAAAAAGACAUCAGUAUAGAGGAUGCUUUAAAUAGAAUAAUCCCAAAAUAUUUACUUGAGAAUAAAAUUACUUCAAAUACUGUGAACAUCUCAGAGGAAUCAAUGAACACAAUGGAUUUAUACAAAAUGUAUGUGGAUGAGAAGGAAAUAAAUUUCAUAUCACCAAUUCAAUCGCCCAAAUCUGGAAACACCGAACAUUAUUUCGGUACUAACGCUGAAAAAGAGGAUGUCUUACAACUGUGGACAAAACCACGUACAUAUACCGAUACGGUUGUACUGAUAAAGGAUUUUGUAAUAACCAUUUCUAAAUUUUGGCAUAUUAAGUGGCCCAAAGAAUUGAUAGAUUUGUAUGUUGAAGCAUAUAAGAUGUAUAGAGAACAUUAUGAUGUGCCUCAAAUAUUUUCUGGUGAUUGUUCUUUUGAAGAUAUGAGAGAUGAUGCAUUGGCCACUUUGUUAUAUGGUGAACUGGUGAAUUUUACACUUGAGGGUAAAGAGGUCAUUCAUAUUUCCAAUAUUAGUUUUUUACAACACAUAAGUGGUUGGCAUGAAGAUUGGAAAGAAGAAUAUGUGUCCUUCUUCAACAGAGUUUACUGGCUUAGAGCACACUUAUUUAGAAUGGAGAAUGAUAAUGAUUUAGCAGCCAGAUCAUUACUAUUGGUUGAAGAGUUGAUAAAUGAAGAGGAAAAGAAGUCUGCAGACAAAUAUUUCUUGUACUUGCCUAAUUGUAUGAAAUUUGGGAUUAUAACAAGUAAAGUGGCUGAAAAAAUUCUGAAACAUUUGGAUGUGGUAAAUUCUUUGGGUACUGUGCAGAAUUUGUAUAAAGAAGAAAGAUAUGUAGAAGUUGCUGAAAUUAUUAAAGCAACUUUCUCACUACCAGGAAGCAAUAGCAUUCAAGUGGGAAGAGUGGGUCGUCCUGCACAGUUAGGGUUUUUGUUGCAUUCUCUCUGGUUUACCAAUACGACCGACUGUUUUAUUUGGACAGAAGAGUGCUUCAAAGAAUCUCUAGACAAUUACUUAAAACCAAACAAGGACUAUGAAAAAUGGGAGGGAAUGGUUCAAAAGUGUUUGUCUAUAUUACAAGAAAUAAUAAAAUCUGAUACUGUUAGUAUCUUGGAUGUAUUAAAUGAAGAUAAAAGAAAAAGGCUGGUGGAGUCACUAUGCAAAAUAAUAUGCAAACAAAUGAAUUCUUUGGGUACAAUGCCAUUGGAUUCUGUCUCUCCUUGGAUAUUAUUGCAUUAUGUACUGUUAAGGGAGGAACACCGUAAACAAGCAAGUAAAAAAGUAUGUCACAUUAAGAAAGAUCAGAAAUCGGAAAUAUCUGAAACCGCAAUCCAAAAUGACGAACCUGAAAGUGAUGAUGUACCCCCUUCAAUUAGGAUUCUAUUUUCAGCACAUGAAUUUCUAGGACCACGAGAAUGGUGUUUAACCGGUAACGGAGAGCUGCUUCAUUUUAUUUUGGACACAAUACUGGAUCGUUUGGACACUCCCAUAUUUGAUCACUUGAGGGAGAAAAUUGACAUUCAUAUUGAACAGUCACUAUUUUGCCUAUAUCAGUAUCCCACUAAAUCCAAUAAGGUAUCUCGCCAUUUAGCCGAUCACAAUGUAACUCCAUUACAUUUAACUUGGGAGAGAGGAUUCCAACUGUACGAGUUUUAUGUUCCUACAAGUUUGCCUGAAUUCAAUUCCUUCAAAAAUGAGAGCAUUUCUACUGAUUUAAAAGACCUCUUAAAACGAAUUAUAGGACUUGUACCACCAGAAAAUGAUCCCAAACAAACAUUGUCCAAAGUCAAUGAUUUUCUGACUGGCAAAUCAGAUACUUUACCUGAAGUGAUAGAAUUCCCAAACAAAAUCAGGGCAAUUUACUAUCUGAUUGGCGAUUAUCACUUCAAACAAAAGGAGUUCAUCAAGUGCAUGAAAUAUUUCCAAAUGGAUAUUUGCAUCAAUCCUCACAGAUUAGACUCUUGGGCGUGUCUUGGCUUAGGAUAUUCAAGUCAGUUAGACAAUAAACUAAAUUUUUGUAAGAAAAUAAAAUCGGAGUCCGAAUUUUUGGACAUCGCUAAAUCAGCCCAGACAUGUUUUAGGAAAGCAUUGUCUCUGGCUCCGGAACGUUUAAUUUUAUGGAUUGAAUGUGGAUCAUUUGAAUAUAUGGUUCACUCUUACUGUUCCAGAUUAUUAAAAUUCGAAUCUGAGAAGUUUAGUAUGGAGAAAUUUGAACUAUUAGAAAGUCAAAAGGAACAUUAUUUGGAUAGUUCAGGAACAAGUUUAGAGAAUGCAAUUGCCUUAUAUGAAGAUAAUGAUAAUGAGACUGAUGAAAGAUGGCUACAGUAUUAUAUAAUAGGUAAAAUUGCGGAGAAAAAACAAAAAGAACCUACAGAAUAUCUUCAGUAUUACGUUACAGCAAGCAAUUUAUUGCACGAAAACUCUGCAACAUAUCCAGAAAAGAUCAACUACAAUAAUCCUCAACAUUUGGCUGUUGAAGCUUUGGAACUCCAUUAUAGAAUAAACGCGUCUGUUCUAAAAUAUUUAGAAUCUAACGAGGGUAAAGAUAUUCCUCAUACAUUGGGUACAUUUUUCAAAAAGUGUUUAAGAACAACUCUUCUUACAAAAAUCUCCAAGGUGACUGAAAAACCUCAAUUAAACGUUCCUGUGACUUCAUAUUCACAGGUGUCACAGCCACAGUCUGUGAUUUCUACAUCACAGGUUCCACAGUCACAAGCUGUGGCUGAGAGAAGUAGUUUUCAAGAACAGUGUUUGAAUCCAACGAAUAAACAACCAGAUGAUGGGAAAUCAGCAGCAAAAACAGAAUUGGAAGAGUCAAUAACAGAAUCAGUUGUAAAGUGCCAAAGGUCAGAAGAAGUGAUUGAGCAACCAGAAAAAAUGGAGUGUGAUAAGCCAGAUGAAGAAGAUGUUACAGAUAUAAAAAAAGAGAUCAAAGAGGAAUGUGCAAAAGAGGUAAAGUCUAACAAGGAAGAAGAGCCGCUUAAGGUGGUAGCUGAGAUCGUCAUUUUGUCCGAUUCCGAUGAUGAAAUAGUUAUGACUUCACAGACAGAAGAGGGUAAGAAAUAUUCAGAGGAAAUUCAAAAGCAAAGAGAAGAACUAGAGCGUAAACAAAAUGAACAAACGGAGAAUGUUAUAAAGGAGGAAUCCAAAGGAUUUAAGGGGGAACCCAAAACUACAUCACUUGAUGCCAAAGACGUUCAACAAGUUUUAGAUGAAAUGAUGAGGGAAACUAUGAGAAAAACGGAGCAAGAGGCUGCAGAACUUGAUUCAGAUAAGAGCUUCACUGAUGAAAAAAAAGAAACUUCUUUCUCUGAAGUUAUGGAUCUGAAUAUCAAUAAUUCUUUAGUGAAAAUGGAAAUAGAUCAACCCAAAGAAGUUGACACUGUGAGAGAAAACGUGCCAAGUAUGGAAGUAGAUAGAAAUAACAUAAUAAAAAUGGAAGUUAAUAACGAUUUACCUGAGAAGAGCAAAACUGAUGAACGGGAGAAUGAAAAAACCGCAUCUGAAAGAUCAAAGAGUGAAAGUGGUACUGAAGGCAUAAGGACUUCAUUAGACGAUGACGAUUCUAGUUCUUCAAGUGGGUCUAGCAGUAGUUCAAGUACGACUUCCGGUUCAGAUAGUGAUGAUACAAGUUCUUCUUCAACUACCACCACUACAGCAACUGACAAUGAAAAUUUAUCAAAUAGUGAAAUUCUCUCAUUAGUGGAUAAAUGUAUUGCAGGAUUGGAACUAUGCAUUCAAAGAUUGCCUCAAAAUUACAAAGCCCUAUAUAGAUUAGCACACGUUUAUUACAACUACAAGGCUAAAAAAGAUUUCUCUAAGAGUAAACAGUUAUUGCUGUCGCAAUAUAAAUGUAGCAAGGAUGGUGUAUUAAUCAAUGGAUUAUUUUCUGAAAGAAAGCCUAAUAAUUUUUUUAAUAAUAUUUGGAGGAUUCCGUCAACGGAAAUCGACAGACCUGGAAGUCUUGCUGCUCACAUGAAUCGUUGUUUGUCAUUACUAUUACAAAUAUUACAAAGGACUAAUGACAACAAGACAUUAAUGGAUUUGUGCAUACAAUUGAGAAAAACACCAGAUCAAGACAAAAUUUAUAUUAAGGAUUCUGAUAGACUGGCAUUCUCUGAUCAAGCUUUAGAAAUGUGCAUCCAAAGUUUACGUUCUCAAGUGAAAAAUAUUCAGACUAUGUCUUAUAACGCUAAAGUCAAAUUACUGCAAGACAUCUUCAGGGUCCACCAAAGAGUUUCUAAACACUACACAGCCAAAGAAAGCGUAUUUGCUUCUAUGCUUUCUGAAGCCUAUAAGAAAUUUAAGGACGAUAAGUUGCCCGAAAAUGUAAACCCGUUAGAUUGUGCCAUAAAGUUCUGCCAGCAAAAUAAAGUGCAGGAGAAGACCAAGACACCAAUAGCAACUACGCCGUCAUUGCCACGAAGUCCUGGUUUAGCCAUUCCUCCAGUGUUACCGUCACCGACAGCAGUGCCAUCCACAUCUUCCACUCCUUUGAAACGUCCGGGAAUGGGACGACCAAGAGGACGUCCGCCAUUGCCUAAAGUACCUGGUCAGCCAAAACCGUCCAGGGGGCGAAGUUCUAGUUCCACCAAUUACAGUUACAAUCUUGCAGUUGCAGGUAUUAUGAAACAAUACCAGGAUAUGUACACUCAGUAUCAGAUGCAGCAGUUUAACCAAUUUCUGGCACAAGGUUCAUUGACUAAUCCGUAUGGCUCGGUAAAUUUAGCCAAUCAGUUCCUGGCUACUCAAAGUAACUUGUUGUUACCGGGUAAUCUAGGCAAAACUAUGGGUUCAACUGAUCCGCAAAUGCCCAUGGCACCUUUAAUGGAUAGCUUAAAGAAGAAAAGUGGACAUGCAGAUGUGUCAAGUUUACUAGCUGACAUGAAUAACGAACAACUGAACUAUUUGCAAAGCUUAACUUACGCAUCUAUGAAUAAGCCUACGACCACCAAAAACUUUCCGAGUUCUAGUAGAAAAAAUAUAUCCAGUCCUGGUAACAAAAUGAAUGUGCCAACAACCAAAGCUGCUAUGUCUACAAGCAGUGCGCUGAGCAUGGGAAGUUCAAUGGGCAAACAGUAUAUAUCAAGUGCAACAACGACGAGCACUAAAAGUGUGACACCUGGUGCCGGAAUUAAAUAUAGUCCUAGUACAGUUACAAGCACCAAGAUGAAUUUACCCAGCACAAGUGGUAAUCAGACGCCUAAAUCCAGACCCAGUUCAGCCAUUUUAAGCAAACCAUACAAGUAUGCUGCAUCUGACGUUCCACAGUUGCUAGGGACGGGUAUUACCAAGAGUGGAUCUCAAAUGUUUAAGGAGCCGUCCACAUCGAUUCUAAAAAAUACAAUGAGUCCAUCAACAAUGAAAUCGGCGAUAACGUCGUCACCUACCAAAGUGCAUCAUUCUGUACCCAAAGAAAAUCCGGGCGUUUACUUAAAGGAGAGACCUAGUAUUUCCAUAACCCCUGUAACCUCGACUGCAACACCGCCUGUGGUUUCUACUGCAUCGUUUGUGUCACCUUCCAUACCCAGUAGUCCCGGAAAAACGCUGCAGGAGAAAUUAGCGGAUAAGCAAAAACAACACCAACAUUCUAACAAAGCUCAGAGCAAACAUAUGGAAUCGCCGGCGGAUAUAUUUACCAAGGAACACAUCUCGUCGGCUAACCUUAUGAAGAGUCUGAAUCUAACGAAUUUACCGUCUUCCUUGUCAGUUUCUAAGGCGGUGGUUUCCUCUCCACAGCUUCCACCAGGUCUGUCCAUAAGCGCCGCCUCGAACGUAUCCACUUCCCAUUAUAGAACUGAUUUGGGAAUGUCCCAUCCAUUGUGCAUGCCCAAGUACCAGGAACCAAUUUUGCCGCCCUCGUUAUCCGUGAGCAAAGCUUCUGUACCAGUUUCCUCGUCUAUUGCCGGCAAGUUUCAACAACCGAUGGCUGUUCCUAAGGAUCAGAUUUCACCUAGUUACAAACAAAAGCAAAAGAAUUCAACACAGGCUCUUAAAAAAGGAGGACCGACAAUUGUCAACCCCAAUUCAGGAAUGUCUAUAAACGUAUCACCCACAAAAGGACCAGACCCCAAUAAAGAAUCCAAAACAUCCAUGGACUUAACAAGGAAAAGUGAAAAAAUCCCAAAAAUUUCCGUGCGCCAAGAUUUGGUGUCCUCCAUAUCAAAAAACGUCGACUUGGAAGCCCUGAAACGUAUUCAAAGUUCUGGAUCCGUAGACAUUUUAAAUGUUAGUCCAUCUAGUUCCAAAGGAAUGAAGAAGAAAACUGCACUUGAUAGCCCAAUAUCUACGACUAUAACUCGAGUUGGUCCAAGUAAAAAGGAAACGAAAUUUCAUUUGACUGGAACACCAAAGGACGCAGGCUCUUCCACUUCAGUUAAUGAUGAUGAUGAUGAUAUUAUAUUAGUUGAGUGAUUUUUAAUUAUACUGACUGUGUAUUUCCUACACAGAAUUAUUGUUUUUAAAAUUUAAUUUUGUAAUGAUUUGUACAAAUAUAGUGACGAGUGUUAUUUCUA